AUGGCUGGGCAGUGGCUGGACAAGAAGCAUCAAGAGUACCUGCAGAUAUUUGAGAAGACGAUGAUGUCUGAUUUUCUUAGAAGGAAACGAGAGGCUGACCAGAACAGCCUUGAUACAAGGGUGCAGAACCUUGAAAAAAGGGUGGAUAUGCAGAUCAAGCUGAUUGAGGAUGAAGUAUUAGGUGACAAUCACCAGCGAGAGUUCCCAGAGUUCCCCGCUGGCACAAUCAUCACUAUCGUCAUUGGAAGCGACGGGAGUCCGACAAUUGUGAGGACGCGUCCAACUUCUGCCUUAUCAAUUGAAGAUGGAACAGGUGAUGUUGCCAAGGAGGAUCAAAAUAGAGCAGCAACAGCAAAAUCUGAUGGAAUUAACAAUAUUGAUGAAGAUGAAACGAUAACUAAGAAUGACGCUAAUGUUGACAUAAAAAUGAAUGAAGCUGAAAAGGAAAUGGUCGAACAGAAAAGGAGGGCAGAAAAGGAGGAGCGACGAAGAAAACGGAGAGAACGAAGAGAGGAGAAAAGACCCAGAAAAGAGACUGAUUUUUUAAAUGCUGGGCUAUCUGCAAUCCAUGAUAUCAGCCAGCCUGGCGUUUUAAAGUUUAUGGAUUCUUAUGCAGGAAAAGAAGAGAAAGGACCUAGAGAGCUUGACCCGUCCAAUGGGGAGGGGUCACAGGCAAGGGCACGGCCUUGUACAGCUCCUCAGAUGUCAAGGUCACCAAAGGUCAUUGACCAGACUGAUAUGCAGGAUACUGAAGACAUCAUUGAAGCGAAACUACCAGCCUGGAACUAAAGCUUCAACAUGUUCAAAAUCAAUUUAUGUAUAUGUUUACAUGUACUAUUUGAACUGAAUUUAAAACAGAAUAAUAAGAAACAAUUUAGUAUGGCUGUUUUUUAAAUUAAGUCAUUUCCCUUUGAAUGUUUUUGGUUCGUUUGGAUCUGUUGAUGUUUAUAUUUUUAAUGCACGACCCUUUGAAUGUUUUUGUUGGGUGUUAUGGCUGUUUAUGCAUUAAAUGACCCUUUGACUGGUCUUUGUUAGUAUGUAUUUAUGGCUGUUAAUGAUUUUAACUCAUGGCAUUUCGACUGUUUUUGUUUAGGUUGGGUGUCCGUCUGCUUAAAUGCA